CAAUCUAAAACUUUUGCGUCUCAACAAUUGUGCGGGAACGAUGGGGUUUCUUGACACCUUCCACGUGAGCUGGUCAUCCCUUACAGCUCUGGGAGUCGUUGGGCUCUUGAGUCUGCUGGUGUGGCGCCGAUACUUCUCCGCGAUCAGCGACGUCCCAGGGCCCUUUGCUGCAUCGUUCACCCGGCUAUGGCACAUGCAACGAAUCUUGAAGGGUGACCAGAAUCUGGAACUGAUUCGACUGCAUGAGAGGCAUGGCCACUUUGUUCGGAUGUCCUACGAUGAGGUUAGCGUCAGUCAUCCAGAUGCUAUCAAAAAGACCCUUCUCGCCCCUCUACGUAAGGGUAAUUGGUACAAAAUCCACGCUUUGCCGGAUUACCGUUUUCAAUCCCCUAUGAGCACCACGGAUCCCAAGAAGAAGGUUGAAAAGUCCAAGUACAUUGCCGCCGCGUACACCGUCUCUAGCAUACUGAGGUCAGAGGAGCAUAUCGACCGGACUUUCGAGUCUUUUCUCCACUGGCUGGAUAUAUACGCAGCCGACAAGAAGCCAAUGGACCUUAACAAGUUCAUUUCAUACGCAACCUUCGACGUUAUCGGCGAGAUUGUCUUCUCGAAGCAGUUCGGUUUCCUUGAGCAAGGCAAAGACAUUGGCAACGCUAUUGGGAACUCACUGGCUCUCAAUGCCUACGUUGCAGUUGCCGGGUACUUUCGUUGGAUUAACAUUGCGCUCUUGGCUAACCCCUUGGUCACUUGGUUGUCCAUCAUGCCAAUGGGCCACUUGUUCGACUUGACGAAAGCUGUUCUAACAGAUCGCGAAAAGAACCCCAAUGCUCGCUACGACGCGAUCCAAUAUUGGUUCAAGCAAAAUGAACGGCAUCCCGACAAGCUCACGAUUCGAGAGAUCGGCACACAAGCCCUUGCUGCUGUUGGCGCCGGAUCAGAUACUGUUGCUGGUGGCAUUCAGUCUUUCAUCUAUCACAUGAUUCGUCACCCCGAUACGUGGAGACGUGCUCAGGCCGAAGUCGAGGAAGCAGUGAAGAACGGUCUAUGCAAGGAUCGAGUGGUUUCCUACGCUGAUGCCCAACAACUACCCUUUGUGCAAGCGUGUGUGAAAGAGGCACUGCGGAUGUUCGGCCCAGUUCCAAUGGGGCUUCCUCGAAUAGCUCCCAAGGGAGGCUUGACCAUUGGCGAUCGCACCUUGCCCGAAGGCACUAUUGUCUCUGUCAACCCAUGGGUGAUUCACUACUCAAAAGAGCUUUGGGGUGAAGAUGCGGACGAGUUCAAUCCAAACCGAUGGCUAGAAGGAGACAUCGCCGCGAAAGAGAAGUACUGGAUUCCUUUUGGAGCAGGUUACGGCUCUUGUCCCGGACAGAAUGUUGCAAAGAUUGAGCUUGCAAAGAUUACGUCGACUCUGGUCAAGGAUUACAACAUCCGACAAGUAGACGAGAAGCAGGAGUGGAAGUGGAAGGCUUACUUUACAGUUGUUCCCCACUCCUGGCCUGUUUUUAUUGAGAAGAGGACAUAAUAGUAAUUGAUGUGAGGGCAUACAUCAGCUUCUGAGCGGAAGAAACAUCUUAAAGGGCAGGAAUCAUCCAUUCACGUCGGUUUGUGGUUCUGUGAAGUCAGGCCCAAGGAAUAUGAAUCGCAGUCUAUUCACAUUCCAUCCCCACCGACUGGACUUAACAGUGAUGUUAACUUUGAUGCAAAUGCAGAGCUUGUCAAGGUCCCUUUCAAGACUCAGGUCAAGAUUAGUGUCGGGCCCUGUUGCCGUUACUUGAAAUCUUUCAAGCAUUUCCAACGAAGAGGGUUAUAACUAUAUCUAGGCUGUAUUUGUGCCAGUUAGUGGAGCCUACAUAGUAACGUAAUCCACCAGUGAGCUAGCCAAACCAGCGAGUUAGCCACCUCAAAAUCUCACCAAAAUCGGG